GUCAGUUUGUUACAAAAAAAAUUGGCUGUCAAAACAAAGCAAAAGUGCGGAGUAUUUUUCCUCGAAAAUCUCGAAAAUUCUCAGUUAUUGCUGCGUAAAUCCGUGCAGAAACUACUCCUUAAUUGGGUACAAUCUGAUUAUUUAGUAGCCUAUUGAAGUUUCUUCAUUGCAAUAUUGUUUUUCUGGCAGUGCAAAUUGCGUCACAAAUUGUGAAAUUUCUCGAAGGUUUGUGCGUUUUGUGGAGACUGCGAGUGAAAAAUGCUUUCCCGACUGGUUUUAUCUGGCCCCUGUGUGGCAGGAGCCUUUGCAAAAUCCGCCUUCAAUGCCCCAAGAAUCCAUAGUCAGACCCUGGUUGUUAGGCAGUUUGGCCGGGAAGCCAGGAGCGGCGUCUCCAGCAGAAUGGGGACUCGUACGAGGCCCAGUCUCAAGGAGCGCCUAAUGGCACCGGCAGGACCCAAUGCCUUCAGCAUGGGAAAGGGUGCUCUGGCUGGAGGGUCAGCUUUGGGCCUGGGUGCUCUCUGUUUCUACGGAUUGGGCCUGGGAAAGGGAACGAGUGUUCUGAAUAACUCCAUGCUCUGGCCACAGUAUGUCAAAGAGAGGAUUCACAGUACUUAUCUAUACUUUGGUGGAUCUCUCUGCAUCACAGCAAUCACGGCGCUUGCAGCUUUUCGCUCCCCAGCUAUCCUCAACUUGGUCGGCCGGAAUGGCUUCCUGGCGAUGGUUUUGAUGAUGGGAGCUGUAGUUGGCUCUGGAGCAAUUGCCCAAUCAAUCCCUUACACUGAAGGCUUUGGAGGGAAACAACUUGCCUGGGCAGCUCAUUGUGCAAUUCUUGGAGCCUUUAUCGCGCCCCUUUGCUUCGUCGGAGGCCCCAUUCUGACCAGAGCCGCUCUGUAUUCAGCCGGAGUAGUUGGAGGAUUAUCAACGGUAGCUGUUUGUGCUCCCAGUGAUAAAUUCCUCUACAUGGGCGGACCUCUGGCCAUUGGACUGGGAGUUGUCUUUGCAUCGAGUCUCGCAUCUAUCUGGCUUCCACCUACAACAGCCCUAGGUGCUGGAUUGGCCUCAAUGUCCCUCUACGGUGGUCUCUUGCUCUUCAGUGGCUUCCUCCUCUAUGACACUCAGAGAAUUAUCCGCAGAGCUGAAACACACCCCAUGUACGCAGUGCAGAAAUUCGACCCCGUCAACUGUGCAAUGUCAAUUUACAUGGAUACCCUCAAUAUCUUCAUCCGGAUUGUGAGCCUACUGGCGGGAGGUGGUGGAAAUCGAAGAAAAUAAAUUAUUAUUAGAUGCUAUUGAUUUAUUAUUCUAAACUUGGUUAAUUAAUUUGCUGAAAAUAAAUAAAAUAAAUCAAUAAAAUAUUCUCAA